AUGCUGCUCGGCGGCUGCCUCCACUAUGGCUUGGAGCGGUAUGAGGAGGCACUGGCGUGGUUCUCACGAAUCAUUGCCACAAAUCCAAGUCACGUUGAAGCCAUUACAAACACCGCCGCCACGCUGUACUGCCUCAACAGGCAAGACGAGGCAGAAAGGCACUGGCUGAAAGCGGUGGAGUUGCGUCCCAGUUACUUGGAGGCCACCGAGCAUUUAGUCGGGCUGCUGUACAAGAAACGUAGCGAGGAGGCUGUGGAGAUCAUAACUCACGUGCAACGCGCCCUGAGGCUGGUUUCGCCCAGAGCCGGCGACAAGGCUAGCUCAUGGGGCCAAGGCUAUGGGUCCAGCGGAUAUGCGUUGCCGGGUGCCGAGAAUGGACGCAUUCUUGCACUGGUUCAUGCCAAGGGCACGAUGCUAUACAGCCUCAAGGACGUCGAAAAGGCCGCCGAGGCAUUCGAGGAAGCUGUGUUGAUCAGCGCGGGCAGGAACCUGAGCGGCAUCCAAGAUCUGAUACGAAGAGUGCAGUCCUCUCUGUCGUCAGGCGCAGGCGGCUCACUGACUGCAAGACAAGUCGACCAAUCACUCCGUCCACUGAUGCUGCCACCGGAACGGGCCCGGCACACGGCGCAGCUCGUGUUUUCUGGAGGUGGCGAGUUACCCGGACUGGCAUUGAUGCGAAAUGGACCUGCCCGACGCGCUGCGGUGCAGACAACAAGCAAUUCGCUGCUCUCCCUCGCUAAGAUCUUCCAGGACGCCAUGUCGAGCGGCAGCGCAGUUCCAGGCAUUCUUCGGAGGUCUUCCAGUGUUGGCGAUAUCUUGGCGCUGUACUAUCUCUCGCUCUCCCUUCAAGAGAGCCCUUCGACCGCCAAUAAUGUCGGAAUCCUGCUUGCGGGCGUCCAGCAGGUUGCAGUGCCUUCCUCAAGAGCGUCGACCAGAGAGCACUCACUUCCAGGGCUGCCGGGGAUCAGUCCGGGAAGUGGCAUGGCUCUUGCCCUGGCAUACUACAACUACGGGCUCCGUUUGGAUCCAAAGCAUGUCCAUCUGCACACCAACCUGGGAAGCCUGUUGAAGGACAUUGGUCAGUUGGAUCUCGCCAUACAGAUGUACGAGCGCGCCGUGUCUUGUGACGGGACGUUUGACAUUGCCUUGACAAACCUCGCAAAUGCUGUCAAGGACAAGGGCCGCAUCAAUGACGCAAUCGCGUAUUACAGGAGAGCGGUGGCGUCCAACCCAAAUUUCGCAGAGGCUGUUUGUGGCCUUUUGACAGCCUUGAAUUCUGUCUGCAACUGGCGCGGUCGCGGCGGUGUCAUCCUGGAUGGCGGAAAGUACGACCGUUGGCAUGUCGACGACGAGGGGAAACUGCUUGCUGCUAGCGCAGGCGGCCGAGGGUUUGGCUUGACGAAACGGGUUGUUGACAUCGUGAAGCAACAACUCAGGGACUCGGCGUGCUGGGGUAGGCACACACUUCAGGGGUCCGCCGCCUCUGCUCUGGCAAGCGAGCUUCAGCGCCACUGCAGCGAUCCUACGUUCAAGCUGCGGGUGGCCUUGAGCUCAUGGGCGGACCGUCCCUGGGAGGGAUCCCGUGUCGUGCGACUCAUUGAGCGUUCCACGCGGGUGAUACUCCGCGAGUGGUACCUGGACCGCUACAUCGCCAAGCGAGAGGUCAGAUCAUCAUAUCCUCGGCCGCGUCUUCCCCCAAGCCUGACGGUUCCCUCGGCCCCGACCGUCCUCCCCUUCCACACAUUCACAUGCCCCUUGACUGCCAGCGACAUUCGGGCGAUCUCCCAGCGCAAUGCCAUGCGCAUAUCUUGUUCUACUCUGCGGGCGCCGUGGCUUCCCUCCUCGGUCUACCCGCCGCCGCGUCCGCCCGAUCCUCACCUGAAUAUUGGAUAUAUCUCGUCGGAUUUCAACAACCAUCCGCUUGCUCACUUGAUGCAGUCCGUAUUUGGUUUCCAUAACCCAACUCGAGCCAGGGCUUUUUGCUACGCGACAACCCCAAGCGAUAGCUCCAUUCACAGACAGCAAAUAGAAAGAGAGGCGCCAGUGUUCCGAGACGUCAGCGCCUGGGCGCCGGAGAAGCUGAUUGAGCAGAUUGUCCGAGACGGUAUUCACAUCUUGGUCAAUCUCAACGGCUAUACGCGGGGUGCAAGGAAUGACAUCUUUGCUGCUAGGCCUGCUCCAAUUCAGAUGUCCUUCAUGGGCUUCGCUGGCAGUCUUGGGGCGGAGUGGUGCGACUACAUCCUCGCCGACACGACAGCAAUACCCCCGAGUACGCUCCGGCCGUGGCGCCGCAAUGUCGACAUCGAGGACAUCACACGGGACGAGUCAGAGAGCAGUGAGGGCGACUGGGUGUAUGCGGAAAAUAUCAUUUUCUGCCGUGAUACGUUCUUUUGCUGCGACCACGCCCAGUCCUGCGACAGUGGCGAGAGGGGCAUGUCUUGGGAGGAUGAGAAGCAACGCCGAUGGGCCAUGCGGAAGCAGCUUUUUCCCGACAUGGCGGACGAUGUGGUCAUCCUCGGCAACUUCAACCAGCUAUACAAGAUCGAACCUACGACUUUCCGAUCUUGGCUGCGGAUCCUCGCUCGUGUGCCAAAGGCUGUCCUCUGGCUCCUCCGGUUUCCGGAGCCAGGCGAGGGCAAUUUGCGAGCGACGGCGAGGGCAUGGGCUGGGCCGGACGUGGCGAGUCGUCUGAUAUUCACCGACGUUGCACCCAAGAGCCAGCAUAUCGCUCGCGCCAGGGUGUGCGAUCUCUUCUUAGACACGCCGGAGUGCAACGCCCAUACCACGGCAGCGGAUGUUCUCUGGUCCAGCACACCGUUGCUGACGCUCCCACGGUACCCGUACAAGAUGUGCUCCCGCAUGGCGGCUUCAAUCCUGCGCGGUGCAUUGCCCAGGACAGCCGACGGACAACGCGCGGCAGGCGAACUGAUUGCCGAGAGCGAGACUGGAUACGAACAGGCAGCGGUGGCUCUUGCCAGCGGACUCUCGUACGGGGAGCCGGGGGAGGCUGGCUACUGUGACGGCGGCGGCAGACUAGCAGAGCUUCGGAAGCUACUUUGGGAUAGCAAGUGGCGCUGCGGAUUGUUCAACACUCGGCGCUGGGUAGAUGACGUUGAGUCUGCUUACGAGGAGGCUUGGCGGCGGUGGGUCGACGGGGUCGGGGGUGACAUAUAUCUCUGA